CUCUCGGGAUGCACGCACAAAAUCGUCGCUGGUUCUGCCACAUUGUCCAGUGGGCGUCCAUGUCACGGUUCAGCCACUGAUGCCAAUCACCAGCAUGUAGUCAUGUUCAAAAAACCGUCUCUACUCUGCUCCUGUUGUGGCAGCAUCCAGCUGCUCAACUCGCCUUCCUCGAUUUCGCCGCAAUCGGCCACCUCAUCCCGACGACGUCCGCAUCCGUUUCGACUGCCUAGGCGCUUCGCCCAUGUUCACAGCACGAACCCUCUUGGUCCUGAGAGGGACUUCACCUGGCCAACUUCCCCUACCUUUUCGCCAUACGAGUUAUUCAAACUAGAACGGACCGCUCCCUAUUCGAAACGGCUUUUCUACGAACUUGCCAAAAUCUACCACCCCGACCGGCCAUGCAAUGGGCAUCCAUUGUGCAAAGAUCUUCCGGAAUCAGUCCGCAUGCACAGAUACAGGGUCAUAGUGGCGGCUCACGAACUCCUUUCCGAUCCAUCGAAGCGUGCAGCAUAUGACAGGUAUGGCGACGGAUGGCAUCAGCGCCGCGAGCUCUUCGGCGUUCAUGCUAAAAAGGAGCCCCGCCAAUCCACCACGGUCCGCUAUACCCACGGCAGGAAGAAUUCUGGUGAAGACAUAUUUAGAAAUGCUACCUGGGAAGAUUGGCAGGAAUUCUACGAGAAACGCGAUGGACGACCGAAGCAAGCCCAGACGGUGUCUCAUAGCACGUUCGCGUCGUUUUUAUUCCUCCUAGCGCUGUUCGGUGGCAUUGGUCAGGCAAUUACCGUUGGAAAAUAUUCGACGUUUGUACAGGACAAAGUGAAAAGUGUCAAUGAAAAAUGUGGACAAUUGCUUGACGGCCGAAGACAUGACACUAGGGAGCAUAUGAGCUCCCAGGAUGCCAGGGUUCAGAGUUUCCUAAUGAAGCGAGAUCCAUCGGGCUACGGGUUGAAGGAAGAAGAGGAAGAAACCUACCGACGCCUUCUCGGUGCACAUCGGACUACUGAUGUUAUAAAUGAUAUUGACUCGAUGAGAAAUGAGUCAGAAUAGAGGCGAUGCGGGUUUACAGAAUUCCCGUGGAAGCAAUAUUAUGAUUUUGGGUAUUGUUGGCGAAUCAAGGCGAACGGUGGGAUCUCCGCUCUUACAUAAAUACUCUCUACCAGGAAGAAUACGGUUGCUAUGGAUGUCGACCGGGGCCCGAUGAUUUCCAAAUCUAUACGGUUUGAUAUCGCGUAUAUAUCUUUGGCCUGAAUCAGCUGCUGAACUUCCAUUGUGUACAUACAAGUUUACAAAUUUUAACCGGACGGGUGUCGGCUAUCUCAUUUUCUUCGUUUGUGAUGUUGGAGGAAUGCCUUUUCUUGUCCGUAGAAAUCUUCAAACCACGGUAUUAUUGGUUUUCUCACUGCAGCAUAUUGGGCACUGGCGAAGUUGAGAUAAUAAUACGAUAUUUCACAUAACCGGAA